AUGGAUACACCUGCUUCUUGUAAUACUUCAACUUUUUCUUGUUACACACCAGGUACCAUCGAAACACCUCUUCCGCUUUCUCCUUCUGGCAAUACUUUUGGCCCUCAGGAUGCUUAUUUUGACCCUUUACCUUUCGAGAAUUCACACCCAUGUUUUAUGGCCAGUCAAUUCUACAUCGGUCGGUUCAAUCUCUUGGUGGACCCAUUGAUUCCAAUGAUUGACUCUUCAGGUCUGACUCCUGGUCCUGCUCAACCAUCCGAAUUAUACUUUGAGCCUAUUCCAAGCCAAAACACCGUGGAUCUUCAAGAACUAUCUUUGCGUGAUCCAAUUGAACCGAUCAGGGUUACAAUUCCUACAGCUCCUGUAUCAAUUACCAGCUCAUUCAACACCUGUCCGAUCACUGUACCAAGCCAACAAGAUAACUUGAGGUCCCCUCUUUUGUACAACACAGCUCAUUGCUUAUCCUCACUCUCAGCAGCUCAAAUACAAUUACCACCAACAGAGCCAGAGCCAAAAUUACAAUUGUCUCCCUUUGAUCCCGAUGCGAGUUCUUCUUGCCCACAGACCUUAAAUACCCCGGAGAUUUCUGGCCAAACUCUUGAUGGUCUUGAAAAACGAUUCAUUUAUUGUACUAUCUCUAAUACUUCUCGCUCAUACAAUCCGAAUUCUCGCAAGGCCAAGGCCAGAUAUUCUUAUCGGAGAACCUAUGACUGCGCAAAAUGCAGCUACUGGACUAAUCGGGAGUGCAACCUAACUAGACACUAUCUAAAGCAUCACACAGACUACAAGAGGCCAAGAUGCUUAAAGUGUGAAAAGUAUUUUGACAAUGACUUCAAUAUCAAAAGACAUGUACGCUUUAGUAGAACAUGUAAAUAG